AUGCCCGGGGGACACCCCCUCCUAACCCCACUCCCAUGCCAAAACCCUCUCCCCCCUCGAAUGCCCAGGUCACAACCCCCUCCCCACUCCCCUUCCACACCCAGGCGACCAACCCCUACAUCCCACCCAAUCUCAGAAGGACCCCCUACCCCGCUCCGACUCCCAGGGGCAUCCUCCCCGCUCCCACUCCCAGGAGGGCCCUCCCCCUACACCUCCUCCUACUUCACACCAACACUCGCCCACCCGCCCACUCACUCACCCACUCACCCACCCUCUCUCCCCGGACUCUUUCGACACCUCCCGAAAGUCUACGUAAUUACAGGGCAGAGGGACGCCCAGCUCCCGAAAUUAAGAAGGCCAACCUCUCGCCUCGCCAUGGCGGACGGCGACGGCGUUUGCCGACUUCACAAAGCUUGGUGGAUCACACGAUGA